CAUAACCACAAACACAGUAAGGGGGCAAGUUUCCUUUAACAUUUAGGUUCUGAAAAAUUGCUUGAACCCUGGUUACUCCAUUCCCGCCGCAUCCUUUCUCUUUCACUCUCUCUGCAUAUCUCGUCUGUUCAUCAACAGCAACUGCGCGAACCCCUCUCUCUCUCUCUCUAUAUAUAUAUAUAUACAUAUAUAGUUACCUAUAUACGCUCCAUUGAAGAUGCCACGUACGACGACAUUGGAGUGCCCUGGUUGCCCCUCUCUUCGAGCCCUAACUUUCGAUGUGCUUGGUCUUGUUAAAGUUAUUGAAACUUCUAGUAAGCAAGGUGGUGGUGUUGCGAAGGUGGUUGAGAGAUGGGGGGACCCUGACUCAUCGAGAUGCGUUCUUGCCGCUUCAAUUGAUGACUCUAAAUCUGACCCUCUAUUAGCUGUUGCAAGGAAAAAUGGUUUGAUUGAGGUGAUUAAUCCUCUAAAUGGAGAUGUUCGUGUUUCCAUUACCAAUAUUACUUCUGAUGAUCUACUGCCUGAGGAUAAUGCCAUUGUUGGUUUGCAUAUGCUUAAAAAACAGAGAUUGGAGUUAUCAUCCAGGUCAUGCACCUUACUUACAUGCACAACGAAAGGACAUGCAAGCAUGAGGUCUGUUGAGAUUCCCAAAUCGCCACAGGAUUCUAUCUCUAGUGUUCCUCCAACAGCAUGGAACAUAUGUGCUACUGGGAAUAUUUUAUGUUCAAAAGUGGAUGGCAACGAAAACCAUGCUUUAUUUGGAGGGAAGGGAGUUGAAGUUAAUGUGUGGGAUCUUGACACAUGCACUAAAAUCUGGAAUGCAAAAUCUCCUGCUAAAAACAGUCUUGGUAUAUUCACUCCAUCAUGGUUUACAUGUGCAACAUUUUUAAGCAAGCAAGAUCACCGUAAAUUCGCGGCUGGCACCAACAGCCAUCAGGUGCGCCUCUAUGAUAUUUCUGCUCAGAGAAGACCUGUUCUAUCAUUUGAUUUUCGGGAGUCCCCAAUUAAAGCGGUAGCUGAAGAUCUAGAUGGUAAUACCAUAUAUAUUGGAAAUGGGUCUGGCGACCUUGCUUCUGUUGACCUGCGUACAGGGAAACUUUUAGGUUGCUUUUUGGGGAAAUGUUCUGGAAGUAUAAGGUCCAUUGCCAGGCACCCAGAGCUCCCAGUGUUAGCCUCAUGCGGACUAGAUAGCUAUUUGCGCUUAUGGGAUGUUGAGUCACGGCAACUUCUUUCUGCGGUUUUCUUGAAGCAGCAUCUUACAAAUGUUGUUUUUGAUUCUAAUUUUAGCGGUGAAGAACUAGCUGCCUCUGCAGAAGUUCUACUUCCAAGCAAGGCACACGAUGUACAUGAUACAGUAGACGAGGAUGAGGAAGAGGAAGAAUCAUUGCCUGUGAAACGGAAAAAGGCAUCUAAAGGACACAAAGCAAGCAAGAAGCUAAAAUCCAAGAAAAGAAGCAAAAAUCUAGAAGUCAAGGAUGUCGAUGUGCUUUAAAUCUACAGGAAAUGCAUACCAGCUUAGAAGGCAGGUUGAUUCAAACCCUAAAGCCCUAGCCCGAAGAAUGUUGACCGUGAAAUGCAUACCAGCUGAGGAGGGUUGAUUCAAGCGCUGUAUGCCAUGUACUUGUUGGAAAAAGAAUGGCAAUUUUGGAGAAGUUUCUCAAUCUAAUAUUAUUUAUUUGGAUAUUUACGUGGUGUUUACAGUUCAAAUAUGACAUAGUGAACCAUGCCCUUGAAAAUUCAAUAGGUUGGUGCAUCAAGGCUUGUAUGAAUGUUUUUGUAUUAUUGUGGUCUCAACUAUUGGAUUUGUGCAUUUGCUUAGGAAAGCACUUUUAUUGUUCCAAAUUUGAUACAUGUUGUAUUCAUUCUAUUUAUCAAGAAGCAGUUUACAACUAA